AUGGACGCCCUGCAGCAAAGCAUUAUAGCGUCGAAGAUGUUUAUCAACAUCAGCGUUCUGUCGAUUGCGCUGAACUCGUCGUUUUUUGGUUAUUUGCUGUACAGCAACCGGCUUUACGAUGUGGGAAAGUGCUGUUCAUCUUUCGUGCUGCUAAUUUUACCACUGUCGGAGAUAUUAAAACAUCUCUACAUAAAGCGCACAUUUCAAUUGGAAGCCGGACCGAAAACCACCGCACAACCUUCGACGGGAAGAGGCUCGGGAGCGUCGAAUGCCAAAGCCACCAAAGCACGCUGGAGUGAAUGGUUCGGUUCUGUAGUGCUGUUCGCACUGGCCACACUUUUCUAUGCAUUUAUAUGCGUUGUUGUUGGCGCACCACUGGAUCAGUAUGAAGAAACGCUCUCCCUGGCAGUGACCCUGACGACUGUAACCAUAUUUCCGAUCAUGUUGCUUCUUGGACAAUCGCAAACCUAUCAACUGCUGCUAUCGGAAACGCUGGAAUUGAAGAGCCCGCUUGCGAAUAGUUAUCUAAAUUUGCUUAAGAACAACUGCAUCGGUGUAAUUUUGGGUGCCUGGGGUGCGUCGGUGGUUGCUCCGCUGGAUUGGGAUCGACCGUGGCAGGUCUAUCCCAUCCCGAAUGUGGUCGGCUCGAUAGGAGGACUGUUCGGGAUGAAUGUGUUUAAUCUGCUGAGCACGGCGUACAUCAGUAUGUACCGUAACCGGCGCAGCAAAGCGCAGUAA